UUAAAAUUUAGUAAUGGAAGAUGUAAGGACGACUGAGAUUGCUCUAAAUAAUGAAUUAACAGACUUAGGAAGAAAUUUGAAGAACUCAAUAUUUGGGAGAAUUCAUAAUAUUCCUGACUUCUUUGAUCUCUAUAACAACGUAGAGUUAUUUUGCCAAAAUAAAAAGGACCUUAAUUUUAUGAAAAGUAUUGGUAAGCUGAAAGUGCCAGAUUUCUUAGAAUAUCAGAUUAACAGAAUGAUACUUGAUAAAGUUGCCAUAAGAUGCUUUAUCAACACUUCAUUUACUAGUAAAACUGAGCUUGCAUUUUUGAGUAAUAGACCAUCUUGGCUUGAAAAUUUUAACAAAUGAGCAAAGGAAAUUUAUCAAAUCCUUCCAAGAGUUCUCAAUGCUGUUUCAAUUGAUAGGUUCCAAAUCAAUCACAAACAUUUUGUACGGGUGUUUAGCCUGUGAAGAGAUAAGUCUGAUUUGAGAUUCUUUUAUUGCAAACUCCCGCUUGAAAUUAUUCCUAAUUUAUCAAAAUCAUUUCCAACAUGCAAUAUAAAGGAGCUGAGAUUUCAUGCCUGAGGAACUCCAAAGCUAGGCGAUUGGGCAAAUAAUCCACAACUGCUCGACAACUUAAUAAACAGCUUGUCCCAGUGCCAGAAUUUGGUGAACUCUCUGACCUGAUUAAGCUUGACCAAUAACAAUCUUGAUUUGAAAGAAGUAGAACAGAUCUUUAUGAAGUAUAAAUUAUACAAAACACUGGUGAAAAUUUAGAACAAAUUUUAAAAUCAACCAAAA